GAGCCCCACGCGGGCGCUCGCGGAGCCUCGGCUGUGGUUGUUUCAGUUCAGCUGUGCGGCGGCCUCGGGGCAGUAGGCAGACGGCGACGGCGUGAGCCGCCCGCUCUUGGCAGAGCCGAGCAGCCGAGCCAGUUCCCCGGGCCGGCGUUGGUGGAAAGGUAGCGCUGCAGCCGCUCCCGGCCAGCCAUGGGGUAAAAGGGAGCGAGCGGACACCGAAACAAUAAAAGCGGCUGGUGCUACCGGGCUCCUCCCGCCGCUGACAGAGCGAUUGGCCGAGUGGGGAGAAAGGAGCGAAGAUGCCGGGGGCUAGCAGGCGCUGACCGACCGACCCGCGAGCGGAAGGACGAAACCAAAGUGAGCAGGGCGGCUGAGAAAGCGCGCGGUGGAUGCGUUUCGGGGUUUGGAGCGGCGGCAGCAGCGAAGGGAGAGGCGGAGGUCGGCAGGAGCGGAGAAAUGAUCGCGGAGUUGGUGAGCAGCGCCCUGGGGCUCGUCCUGUACCUCAAUACCCUGGGCGCGGAUUUCUGCUACGAUGACAGCCGAGCAAUCAAGACAAACCAAGAUCUCCUUCCUGAAACACCAUGGAUGCAGUUAUUCUAUAAUGACUUUUGGGGCACUCUUCUGACCCACAGCGGGAGCCAUAAAUCCUACAGACCUCUCUGCACACUCUCUUUUCGCAUUAACUAUGCUAUUGGAGGAAUGGAUCCUUGGAGUUACCAUCUUGUAAAUGUCCUUCUACAUGCAGCAGUCACGGGUCUUUUCACUAAUUUUUCUCGAGUACUAUUUGGUGAUGGACACUGGACCUUACUAGCUGGUUUGCUCUUUGCUUCUCAUCCCAUUCACACUGAAGCAGUGGCAGGAAUUGUGGGAAGGGCUGAUAUUGGAGCUUGCCUUUUCUUUCUGCUCUCCCUAGUCUGUUAUAUUAAACACUGCUGUACAAGAAACUAUUCAGAAGGAACCUGGGGCUGGAUCUUGGGUGCCGGUCUGUGUGCCACUUGCAGCAUGUUGUGGAAGGAGCAAGGAGUGACCGUGCUAGCCGUGUCAGCAGUUUACGAUGUGUUUGUAUUUCAUAGGCUAAAAAUGCACCAAAUUGUUCCUGCUGUCUAUAAGAGGAAGAAUUUGCCUCUUCUUUUGAGCAUUGGUUUGUUGAUCUUCUGGGGAGCUUUACUGCUGGGCCUUCGCUUUUACUGGAUGGGGAACAAACCUCCCAGCUUCUCCAACUCUGACAACCCAGCAGCUGACUCAGACAGUUUUUUAACACGAAUUCUGACCUUUUUUUAUUUGCCAACCAAAAACCUUUGGCUGCUGUUGUGCCCAGACACUCUUAGCUUUGAUUGGUCCAUGGAUGCUGUGCCUCUUCUCAAAACAAUCAGUGACUGGAGGAACCUACACACAGUGGCCUUUUAUGCUGGACUCCUCCUCCUUACUUAUACCAGUUUGAGAAAUUCCAGCAUGGAAAGAGAAUGCAAUGGGAAAAAUAUAACAAAUGGCAGACUUAACGGCAAUGGUCAUAACUGCCUAUCCGACCUGGAAUAUAAAGAAUAUAAAGAGCUGAAGUCCAGCUUUGCAUCUAAAGAAGAAAAUGGCAUUAACAAAGGCUUGCCACAAAGACCACACAUCCCCUCAACUGAGAAUAUUGUUGUUCUGUCAUUGUCUUUAUUAAUCGUCCCUUUUAUUCCUGCCACAAACUUGUUUUUCUAUGUAGGCUUUGUGAUAGCAGAGCGUGUACUGUAUAUUCCUAGUAUGGGCUUCUGCCUCUUGAUCACUGUGGGCACAAGAGCCCUCUAUGUCAAAGUCCAAAAGCGCUUUCUGAAGAACUUAAUUUUUUUGGCCACUGCUGCAUUAAUUUUUUUUUAUGGACUGAAGACGUUUGUCAGGAAUGGGGACUGGCAGAAUGAAGAGAUGCUGUAUAAAUCAGGGAUUAAAGUAAAUCCAGCUAAAGCAUGGGGUAACCUUGGAAAUGUUUUGAAGAGCCAGAGCAAGAUUUCUGAAGCUGAAAGCGCCUAUAGAAAUGCCUUGUAUUACCGUAGCAACAUGGCUGAUAUGCUUUAUAAUUUGGGAUUAUUACUGCAGGAGAACAACAGGUUUUCAGAAGCACUGCAUUACUAUAAAUUGGCUAUUGGAAGCAGACCUACUUUAGCCUCUGCCUAUUUAAAUACUGGUAUCAUCUUAAUGAAUCAAGGCAAGGCUGAGGAAGCCAAGAAGACAUUUUUGAAGUGUUCAGAGAUUCCUGAUGAAAACUUAAAAGAUCCACAUGCUCAUAAGAGCUCUGUUACCAGCUGCCUUUAUAAUUUGGGGAAACUUUACCAUGAACAGGGACAGCAUGAGGAUGCUCUUAUAGUUUACAAAGAGGCGAUACAGAAAAUGCCAAGACAGUUUGCACCACAGAGUUUAUAUAAUAUGAUGGGAGAAGCCUACGUGAGACUUAGCAGAUUCUCUGAAGCAGAACAUUGGUAUGUGGAAUCAUUGCGCUCGAAAACUGAUCACAUUCCAGCUCAUCUCACAUAUGGGAAGCUACUUGCUGUAACGGGUCGCAAGAGAGAGGCAGAAAAAUAUUUCUUAAAGGCAAUUCAGUUGGACCCUAUGAAGGGAAACUGUUAUAUGCAUUAUGGCCAGUUUCUGUUAGAAGAAUCUCGGUUGAUGGAAGCAGCAGAGAUGGCCAAGAAAGCAGCUGAGUUGGAUAAGACAGAGUUUGAUGUUGUGUUCAAUGCGGCUCAUAUGCUUAGACAAGCUAGUCUCAAUGAAGCAGCUGAAAAGUAUUACAAAAUGGCCGCUGAGCUAAGACCUAAUUACCCAGCUGCCUUAAUGAAUUUGGGAGCUAUUCUUCAUCUCAAUGGCAAACUUUUGGAGGCUGAAGCAAACUAUCUCCAUGCCCUUCAGUUUAAACCGGAUGAUGUCAUCACACAAUCAAAUCUCCGCAAACUCUGGAAUAUUAUGGAAAAACAAGGCUUAAGAACAACCAAAACAUAAUGCAGGGGUUUUUUUUAAGUUUGGGGUUUUUUUUGCAAAGAAUUUAGAAAAAAAUAAAAUUAAAAUCCAAAAUAAUUUUUGGAGCACUGUUUUGUUGAGUGCUCUUGCUGACUAGGCUGUAACUGUCAAAGGUUGUAAUUGCUGCUAGGAGAACCUACAGGGCUACAUUUUGAUGUUUCAAAUUGAAAAUGAGAAAGAGGUAGAAUCUUUUUGAUAAGUUUCAUGAAAAACUUAAUGAUUAUUGCCAAAAGCCAGAAAAUGGCAAGAAAACCUGAAACUGGAGCACCUGAAAGGGACCCACUUUAGCACGUUCACUAGGGCAUACUGGUCAUUCUCACCUUGGUCAUUUUUAUGUGGUUUCUGGUAGAAAAGUCAUGUUGGCCUAUUGAGCAUCCAUCAUUAGAAUAGAAUAACUAUUCUAAGAAUUUAGAAGAGGAUAAAGACUGGCUUAAAUUAUUGUCUUAGGCUGUAAUUCAUUAAAUGUAUACUAAAACUAAAUGUGUUUGCUAUUUGUCUUGAUGUCGUAUAACUCCACAGGCCUGCCUACUGAGCUAGUUCACGUACUAGCUCAACCAUUUGAAAAAGAUUUGAAAGAUGUGAUUUCAUGUCUAAUCUUUACUGGCAAAUGCAUAUUGUUAACCUGUUUGGCUGGCUGGCUGGCUGGGAAUUAUCCUCUGAAAGUGGUAGAAGUAGGCAACAAUAAAGGAGACUUGGAAUGUAGAAUUAGCCAUACACAAUAGAACUAUUCCAGUGAAUGAAGAAUUAAGGCAAAUGUUCAUCAGCUUUCUGUAACCUAAUAUAUUGUAGAGCCUGAAUGGUCAAUUAAUUUUGAAAGGACACCAGGUUGCUGAACCUUUACUAUAAAUGCUUCUAUUUUUGCUUUGCCCAUGUCAAAAGUGGGAGUGGUCUGGGUUUUGUCACAGAAGCUAUCCACUGGGGAGGAGAGCUGAACCUUGCUCUCUACUUCAACUUUGUUAUGCUAUGUUGCUUUAACUAGCUUGCCUUACUUCCAUGAUCAGAUCAGAGUUAAACUGGAGAACUGUGUCCAUAGUAAUGAAAUGUAAAAUAUGGAUGUAGUUUUGCUCUUAUCAACAAGUGUACCUUUUUAAAAAAAAAAUCCAUUUAUGUACACACAUUUUAGAUAUGAACUGGGUAGACAUAUGAAGAAGAAACAUGAAUUAUUUGCCCUUUAAUACAUUGAAAGCAAAAGAUAGAACAGUGUAGGUGAACAUGUUACAAACAUUGUUUUUUUAAAAUAUGCAAACACCUGUAGCAUGAUUGCAUCUGUACAUACUGUAGAUUUUACAGAUUGAAUGUAUGAUGCAUCAAGGCACACGCAAAGCAAACUUACUGUAAACCACUCAGAGUCACUCUUUGAGUGAGAUGGGCAGUGACAAAAUUUGAAAUAUAAAUAAAAUAAACUUAUAUCUCCAUUAAACUGAUACCCAGCUUUUCUAAUGUAUAUUUUCCCUGGAUUAACAACAAAUUUCUAGGCAUGAAGUUGGUGAAUACAUUUUUGAAAUGUUAGCAGUGGGAUUUGCCAUCAGUGUGUAAAAAAUAAACUAUUGUGCUACCAAGAAACUGAAAGCGUUUAAUACUUUAACAUAUAGUGAAUACGCAGGGUGUUAUGUUAGACCAAAAGGGAUUAUGUGACUGACAUUAGUUGCCAAUUAUUUUGCAUUUAUUUAACUUUAUUUAUAGAUGAAGAAAAAAUGUGUGCAGAUUCUAACCCAAUUCUGUAUCCCCAUUCUUUUCUUUGGUUUAAUAUUUCAGCUUAUUUAGCAUAAUUAUUAUGAUCUGCCUAAAAGCAUUUAAAAACUAGAUCAUUUACCAAUUCCCUUAUUAUUAGCUAGACAAAUUACACUUUAAUUACAAAAUGGCAUAUAUUCCGAACAGUCAUUUUUUACACCGAUAUGACAUAGGCCAAGCACCAAAGAGCUAAUGUAGAUACAUCCAAGGGCUUGCCAUUGGCCAGCUUAAUUUUUCAUCUAUGAACCAUAUAGCCAAUUCUAAGUUCAUAUUUAAAGCCAUUUCCAACUAAAAUGGGAAGCACUGGGUGGUUUUUCAGAAAUGGAGAGCUAAUCAUGUGAUCCUUUGCAUCCUAGCCUUAUAUCCUGGAGCAUUCAUGGAUUGAAGGUUAGGUGUCUCUAAGAAUCCUCCAUGUGUUAAAAAAAGAGUAUUUGUAUUGAAUAUCAUUCCAUUGUUAGUACUUUGGAAUUAAUGCAUUGUUGAAACUCCUUAUUUGCCAACUGCAGCAAGUAGUCAUUAGCUAGGAUUCCACAACUGUUACUAGUCUUCUGGGUGCUUUUCAUGAUGUGUUUUUAAAUGUUUAAAGAAUGUAUUGGUGUUUAGAAGGAAACAGGAACACGUUUAUUCUGUGCAUUUUAGUCACCCCAGCUUUCUAUGUAGACCUAUUAAGGAACAAUGGGCUAUCUUCUCAGUAUAACCACAAUUUAUGACAUCCUUGGUGAUACUCUGAGCUUGCUUGAUUCUCCAUUAGGGGCACCAUUGUUAUUGUUAGGCACCACCUCCUAAUUUCUAUUUUAUUGCAUUAGCCUAUUUUAUUUUAGAGCUUUGUGCGGAUGAGUGACCUUUCCAUUUUUUCCUUCCAGGUGCAAUCCCAGAAACUGUUUUAUGGGACAGACAAAACUAAAAUUUUAACCAAUGACAUUCACUGUUAUGUAUUCAGAUGCAAUGGUAGCUUCAGUCUAUUUAACUAAACAAUGUAAUGCCACAUUUUCUCAGAUCUGUAAAACCAAAUGCUGUAUUAACUAUGAAGAUUGAACUUUUAGCAUCAUCCUAUGCAUGUAUACUCAAGAGUAAAUCCCAUUAAAUUCAGUGGGUCUAACCCCAUGAAACUCUGCAUAGGAUAACAACAUAACUGUGUAACUAUAACAUUAUGAAAUGUUGUUAAAUUUCAGUAUCAGAUGUAAGGUCAACUUUCUGGUUGUAACAUUUCACUUUUUAUUAUAGCAUCUCCUUCUUAUGUUUUUCUCUUUAUUCAUAAUUACAUUUCUUAUACACUAGAUUUUCACAAAGUUAUAUGGUAGUUUUGCUUGUCUCAAAUUGAACAAUGACAAAUUGUUUAAAAUAAAAUAAUGUUUUUCCAUGCAUUUUCAGUAUAGGGUUAGGCUUUAUAUCUCUCAAUUUUCAAAUAAGUUUAAAAUGUUGUCUCUGCUCAGGGAUUUGUGGUGGAUAUUGCAGACAGUGCUUAAAAAUAAGAGCACAAAUUUACUAAAUUAAAUUUUUAUUUUUUGAGAAAACGUAUUUGUAUAAAUUAUCAAGAUUUGUAGGGUUUCCUUUUUGUAGAAAUAAUUGUUUAUGUGCCAGAUAAGAAAAUCCACUUUGUUUUCAGUAAUAAAUGAUUGAUAACAAA